AUAGAUACUGAUUUAAUGAACGAAUAUGUUGAUUAUCUUAAGGAUAUAAAGGUUAAUAGAUCCGGAGCUCCAAUGAUGAUGGUCUAUGAUUCUUUUACAGGACAUCUAGAAAAAUCAGUUAAAGAAAAGUUUCGAAAUAAUGGGAUUGAUUUGGCAGUAAUUCUAGCUGGCUUAACCAGCGUGUGCCAACCAUUAGACGUCGCUAUCAAUAAACUAUUUAAGGAUAACCUUUGUAAGGAAUGGCAUCUCUGGAUAUCUCAUGGUGGUGCCGGUACAACUGCUAAAGGAAAUCUUCGCCGUGCAAGUUUUAGUGAUGUAUGUUGGUGGGUUAAAUAUUCUUGGAAAGGAAUUUCUAACGAGGUUAUUAUUAAAUCUUUUAAGGCUUGUGGCAUUACAAAUAGUUUAGUCAAUCAGGAUGAUUCUGAUAAAGAAAAUGACUAUGAAGAACUAGAAAUUAUCGACUUGACAAUUUAA